CCGGCAAAAAAAAGGGCACAACUUCGCAGCACAAACGGUUUCGAGAGAGAGUGAAAGAUCCGCAAAAUACGAUAUCAGAAAGCAGCCCAACGACCCUCCCCGUACGCGUCGUGCACACUGGUCGAAUCUGCUCGAGAUCGAGCGGUCCGCCGACCUGCUUUCGAGCAGCGUGCAUUCCUGUUGUGCACGUACAGACACAACUGCGCCAUUCACACACAACACACGCCAAGCACACGGUUCCGCGCGGAGGCCACAGCGAGACGGCAAGCUGGGCUGUCAAACAGAGGAGAGAGAGAGAGUGUUGUGGUUACGCUUCGGAUUUCAAUACGGAACGUUUUUGUGCGUGUGACUGUGUGUGUGAGUGUUUGUGUGUGCGCGCGGGCGCGCGCUAGUUCCUCCGGAAAUCGGAAUUUUCCACCGCCCCAGCGGCGAACGCUCCGGCCCCGCACCUGUGUCACCGGAACGCGGCCCGGUACUCCCACCCGCCACGAUCAAACCCUUUGUGCUGUGCGGCGUACGAGCCGAAAGGCACUUGCCUCCCCCCGCCUGGGACCGUGCUCCCUCGCUCGACUGUGACUGUUUUUUUUUUCUUCUUCUUCUUCGUUUGUGUGUGGCAGAAACAACAACCAAAAGGAAAAACCCACACCAACACACAGCAUCCAUCGCCAAGCGCGGCGCUUCCUGGUCCCCUUUCCACCGCAGCAGCAGCACCAGCAACACAAGCACCAGCAGCGCGACCAUUGUGCAGGAGCGUGCGGGGUGCAGCGGAGGGCAGGGUAGGGGGUGCUUUGUUUUGAUAGCUGAGCGCGCCCGAGCCUGGUCGAUGCGUCGGCGCUCGGUGUGCCACCGGCGGCCGCACGAUGAAUCCGACCUCGCUGUACAUCACCACGUCCCGGCUGGUGUUCCAGGGGGACAUCGUCGCGGGGCUGCAGGACCUGAACCGGCUGCUGCCGUACCUGCGCAAGAGCCUCAGCUGUGCGGUCUGCUGCAAGCUGCUGGUCGAGCCGCACAGCCCGGUGACCGGCGACUGCCAGCACCACAUCUGCCGGGUGUGCGUCGGCAAGCACAAGAAGCUGAAGCCGGCCUGCCGCUUCUGCAAGGGGCUGCUGCAGUACCGGGAAAACACGCAGCUCCGGCUGCUGCUGCAGUGCUACAAGAGCAUCUGCACGUUCAUCCGCACGCGGCCGGUGUACGCCGACAUCUGUAAGUGUGCGGGCGGGGCGGGCCCGCCGGGGGAGGGCGGCGGGCCCGGACCGAGCAGUGCUGCCUCCCCCCACAACACCGCCACCACCUCCCCCAACAGCCUGAUGGAGCUGAUCGAGGAGGGGGCCGCCUUCGUCGACGACUUCAAGUGCAAUUCCGGCCUGUCCAAGUCGGCCUACUCGAUACUGCCGUGCGUCUUCCCGCCGCCGGUGGUGACCGUCCAGCAGCAGCCCGCCGCCGCCGCCGAACCGAAGCCGCCGGUCGCGGCCGCACCGCCGCCCUGCUGCUCGAAAGGGCCGCCGGGAAAGGGCAAAAAGGAAGUGGCCGGCAAAACGUCGGGCACGUCGCAGCAGCCCGUUGCACCACUACCACCACCACCACCACCGCCAGCGAACGAGCAGGGAAAGCGGAAGGAGGGGCGGAAGGCGAAAGCGCGCACGACAAAGCAGCAGCAACCGGACGGGGAGGAGCAACCGCCGCGGAAGAAGCGGGCACAGUCGAAGCAGCGGCAAAAGCCGGAACCGCCCGCCCAGCAGCGGCAGCCAUCGGAACAGCGAACCGUAAAGCAGCAGCAGCAGCAGCAGCAGCAGCAGCAGCGGAAGCAAAAGCAGCAGCAGCAGCAGCAGCAGCAGCGGAAGCAAAAGCAGCAGCAGCAGCAACCGCUGCAACCGGGCGCACAAGUACAGCGGCAGCCACCGAGACAGGGACCGGUAGUGGUGGACAGACCAACAGGGGAGCAACAGCGAGCGGCCGUGCAACAGGUAGCGCUACAGCAGAGGCCGCCACCGGUGCAGCAGCAGCAGCAGCAGCGCAAACUACCGGUCCAGCCGCAAGCCCAGCUCGUGCACUACCACUGCUUGACCCCGCGGCAGCACAUCAAACAAACCAUCCAGCAGCAGCAGCAGGGAGCGGCAAAACAACAGCAGCCCCCGAAACAGCUCAAGCAGCAGGCGAAGCAGGGACAGCAGCCGGCGGCCCAGCUGCUGGUCGUGCCGUCCCAGCAGCCCCCGCAGCAAUUGCUGCACCAGCCGCACGGUGCACAGAAGCAGCUGGUGCGCCUGCUGCCGAAACCUUCCACCAAACCUGCCCCGCCGAGCAGUGCCACACUGCUGGCGGCCCAGAAGGCGAUGAGUGCGGCCGGCCGGGUGCAGAAAACGCCCGCCGGGAACGGUGCUGCAGCCGGGGGCAAGCCGCACGAAUCGUCCUCGUCCUCGUCUUCCUCGGUCGACCAAGCGAUCCAGCUGCAGCAGCCAAUGUUUCAGCUGCAGCAAAAGCAGCAGCAGCAGCAGCAGCAGCAGCAGCAGCAGCAGCAAGGCAAGCAGCAGCAGCAGAUUGCUUUUCCCGCGUCGCUGGCGGUGCAGAAGGUGCCGGUGGUGCGCAAGCAGCAGCAGCAGCCGGCCGACCAGCCGGCCGAGUACUUAACGGCGGAGCAGGGCGGCAGUGCGCCCCAGGUGCUGCUCGAGCAUGCGCAGGACAGCUUCCAGAAGCAGCUGGAGCUUGCGCAGCAGCGCCAGCAGCAGAUUGCACAUGAGCGGCAGCGGGUGCAGGCGCUGCUGCCCCAUCAGCGGCUGCCACCGUCGCCGUCGGUUCCGCCCGGCAAGUUUGUCGGCCAGCAGCAGCAGCAGCAGCAGCAAACCCGGAUGGCAGCAUUCCCGCCCGGGGUCGGCGGUGGCGCGGCGAAACCGCUCAGCACCAGCAGCAUCAUACGCAACGUGCUGCCGGCGCGGAUCGGUCCCACCAUCAUACACGCGGAAUCGAUCGCGGGCCGGACCGGCACCACCAGCGCCAGCCCGCUCGUCCCGCAGCACGUGGUGAAGAACAGCUGCGUGCCGACGACGCCGCGCAUCGUCAACAUUACCACGCCGCAGGAGAUCAAGUUCGAGGCGGCGCCCACCAUCAAAACCGUGUCGAGCGGCUCGACCAUGUACUCGGUGCUGUACGCGGAGAGUGGCAACAAGUUUACGAUCAAGCGCAAGCCGGACACGGUGUCGGCGGCGGCUACGGCGGCCAAAUCGGUGCACGGUGGUGCGCAGCAGCAGCAGCAGACGACGACGACAACGACGAAGCUUGCCACGAUGAGUCCGCUGGGUGGUGCGGCACGCUCCUCCCUCAUUCCUGCCAAGGCGGCGACCGAAUUCGAGCAGCCGCGCAUGGCAAUGGCACAGAAGCAGACGGUCGCGCCGAACAAUCCGAUCGUGCUACAGUUCCGGCCACCGCAAGCCCGCACGAUACAGCUGCCACUACAGAACCAGCAGCAGCAGCAGCAGCACGGGACGGUGUUGGCGAAGCAGCAAACGUCCUCCUCCCCGCUGCAAGUGCAGAUGGUGCAGCAACAGCAGCAGCAGUAUCAGCUGCAGCAGAAUCAAACCGUCGUUUCGUUGGCGCCGCAGCAACAGCAAAACUUCCGCUCGCUCAUCAUCCAACAGCAGCAGCAGCAGCAGCAGCAACAGCAACAAACGGCGACACAGACACAACCGUCGGCACAAUCAUCGGGCCAGGGAUCACAGCAGCAGCAACAGCAGCAGCAGCAAGCACUGAAGCGAAAGGGCUGCCGGUGUGGCAAUGCUACCCCGACGCCCGGCAAGCUGACCUGCUGCGGCCAGCGCUGCCCGUGCUACGUCGACUCCAAGUCCUGCGUGGACUGCAAGUGCCGUGGCUGCCGCAAUCCGCACCGAGCGGACGGGUUAAAGAUCCGUCGAUCGCUGUCGGAGCUGCUGUUUGAGCAGUACAAUGCGCCCGCGACAACGGCGACCGCGACCGCCACCGUGGACACGCUGUCGGCCGGCACGACCGCCUCCUCCACGCUCACGCUCGGCCCGACGAUAACGCCCGUCACGUACAGCAUCAGCGCGCUCAAGGCGGCAUCGGCGGCGACCCCCGGCAGUUCGGCGACGGCUGUCGCGACCGGCACCACCAAGGUGAAGGUGAUCAGUGCGGGCCAGCACCACCAGAUACUGCAAACCACGGCCAAGGCGCCGCCCGCCACCUCCGUCGUGAAGACUGGUGCGGGCGGCGGCCGCACCCGCACCAAUGGCGGGGGCGUCGGGGUGGUCGGCCUCCUGCCCACCAGCAAAAACCCGCCCACCGUACAACCGAGCAGCAGCAGCAGCAGCAGUGGAGGUGGAGGAAGCACGAUUACGAUCCGCCCGUUCGUCAGUGGGGGCGGCAGCUUCGCUAGCGGGAGUGGCACCACCACCACCACCAUCAGCUACCUGCCCACAAACGUCACGUCGGGCGGCGCCGCCCCCACCACCUCGUCCGCGUACGGGUCGCAGUAUUUGCAAAGCUCGGCGGCGACCGUGCGCCUCAGCAAGCCGGGCCCGUCCCGCACCAGCACCGUCACGUCCGGCACGCUCGGCGGUCCCCCGCCGCCCACCACCUCGUUCGGCGGGGGCGGUACGUUCGCGGGCGGCAAACCGGACGCCCUGCUCAGCCAGAGCUCGGUGGCGAUGAUGCCGGUGGUCGCGAUGCCGCCCGCCGGCGGUGCCUCCUUCUCCACGCCGACCGGCGUCUGGUCGCCGUCGCUGCCGAGCAAUCUGUUCGGCGGCGGGGGCAGCGUCGCCUCCACCGGCACCAGCUCACCGGUCGGUGGCGGCGGUGGCAUCGGCGGCGGCGGCGGCAGCGCUACCGGCAGCUCAGCUGCCCCCGAGCUCUCCAGCCUGUCCGGGUACGACAUGAACAGCUUCGUCACCAUCGGCCACAUGCUCGACCCGGAGGGUGUCGGUGUGAUCGACCUGUGCGACGAUCUCGACCUGAACGCGGCCAACCUCAUCUCGAUCGACUGAUCACCACACCGGUGGAUGAUGAUGAUGAUGAUGGUGAUGGUCAGGCGCAAAAAGUGUUUGCUUUUGGAUGGAUUUUUGUUUUUUUUUUUUAUUUCGAUAUGGCUCGAUUGUCGCUUUACACACACGUAACCACACCGGUAGGGGUGGGAAUUUUGCAAACCCGAUCUGGGCUGUUUUUUUCUUCUUUUUCGUACACACUACCUCCGCUCUCCCUAGGGAAAAGUGAUCCUUUUUUUUUUUUGUCGGCUGAUAGACUCUCUCUUGCUUUGAUGCUUGCCCGUUUACGACUUCCUGUAAUGGUUUUGCUCGAACUGUUUUAAACCUUUACCAUCCUCGUUCUAGUAGAAAUGUUAAACAUUUGUACUCACGCUCGAUUUUCGCGUUGCUUUUAAUGAAUGUGCGUUCUUUUUUAAUUUAAUUUUUUUGUACAAUCUUAUAUCUUGUAUUUGAAACAGCAGAAACGGCGUAUUUUUUAAAAAAAGAAGAAAUGCACGAUAGUACACAUGCACAAAAGCAUGAUUUUUAAUUGCGAGAACACGACUGUAAAGCGUUAGUUAAAUUGUUUUUCCGAUAGUUUCCGGUUUAGGCUACCGUUUUUAACCCUUUCGACAGCGGGGGAAGCAAUAGAGGUUCUUUCUUUGGUCUAAAGGAUCAAAAUCAGUUUGUGUUAGUUUAGCUCGUUUGCUUUUGUGUGUUUUUUUUCGGUCUCUUUAUUUUUGGUUGACUUUUCGUGCACCCCAGUAACUGCUUAGCCGCAAAAGAAGUAAAUUAUUGUUUUCGUUUUAUUAUACAUAAAUUAUAUUUAAAAAAAAAACAAGUAAUUUAAAUUAGAACUUAAUUUACCAAAACACACACACACGCAUGCACACAAACGGACAUUGAUCUGAGUAUUUAGUUCGGCCACUAAAUUGAAUUAAGUUUGGCGUUGAAUGGUGGAGUUGUCCCUCCGAGUCCCACGAACACGUGUGAUUUGGUUUGAAUGACGUUUUUGUUUGUUUUUUUUUUGUUUUUUUUUUAGAGCAAUGCGUGCAUAUGUUUGUGGCUUGAACCCGUGACGGGCAUGUAGUGAAGUUUUAGUGUGUCUUAGCUGUCGCAAAAACAUUCCCCCAAACGCCAACCUUUCCUACCCAAAAAGGGAAAUCUCUCAAACACUUAUUGGCGCAUGUAGGCAAUGGGGGCGGGGGAUGAGAGGGCUAAGUGGAUAGCUUCCAGAGCGAUCCUCUACCGGUGCGUGUUUAUGUAUGUGUGUGUGUGUCUCUAUGUACGUGUGGUAUCAUCGUUGUGACAUUAGACGUUAGGAAGUGCUUGAACAGUUCGUGCUUAUGAUCCUCUUUUUUAUUAUUAUUUUUUGUUUAUUUGCCAUCCAACAACCAUCCCACCCACAGGAAGCAGAAGUAACCUUCCGCCUCCCCCCCCCCCCCCCUUACUUCCCGAUAGGUCUCCUUUUUGUACUGAUUUACGGCGGUUGGUUCAAAGUGUUGCGAGGUAAGCGAUGGCAUCGGUUGCACACGGCUAAACCCCACUUGACUGUCUCAUAGGUAGUAGUAGGCCUGUUUUUUUUUAUUUGUCACGUGAAUGUUUAGUUUGUAGAGCGAAGGCAAUUUGUGUUUUGAAUGUUUGUGCGCGCUAAACGAGCCUAACUAACCAAUUCCAUUAUAUUGUUGUUUUUUUUUAAAUUUAAAAAGAAAAAACACACACACUCUGUCGAAUGUUGCUGUUUGCUGGAAGUCGAGCCUCGUUUUCCCUCGUAGUAGAUGUAGGUCGUGCUGUGAACGGGAGUAUGCAACAAAAAAUGGAAAAAGAAACACAACACUAGCGACAAAUGCAAGCGAAAGAAUGUUUGGUAGAAUAAUUAAAAAAAAAAACAAAACUAAACAAAAAUGUUGCAAAGCGAUAAACACAAACAUAAAUUAAUCGACUCCAAGCCCGAUGGGCCAGGAACUUGAGAUGUAAUUGUAAAUUGUAGGGAUUCUUUUUUUUUUAACGGCUAAAGUUUGACCCGAGGACAUUACUUAAUUGAGGAUAGCGAGAGAGCGAGCGAAAGAAUGUUCUGCAAAAACAAAACACAAAACACAAAAAAGGAACAAAACCCUGUGCGGAAAUUAAUUUAUAUGGUAUUAUACCCGUUCGAGCGCAGUUUAGAUUAAUGCGAAUGUGUGUGUGUGUGUGAUUUGAUUUUGGAGCAAAGCAAAGUCGCACGUUAAAGUGCGCGCACCGCUCGUCACUAUUUUUUCCUUCCCCACCCCCCCCCCCCCCCCCGCGGUCGUUUCAACAAUUGAAACACACACAUCACAAAACUGCGCCGGAACGAAUCCCGGGUACAGAGGUGCCCGCUACUUUUGCACAAAUUGCAUUUAAAGCUUGAAGAAAAAAGAGAAGAAGAAAAUGAUUUAAAAUUGAACAUAAUAAUAAUUAUAAUAAUAGCAACAGCAACACAGCUACUACUACAGCAAAAAAGGGAGGUCGUGAAAGAGCAUACCCAAAUGUGAUGUGAGAAGGGCAGUGUCUCGACGAGGUGUUGCAGUGGAGUUGAAUUUAGUAAUGUGUAACGUAUUAGGUGUAUGGGCGGCCACGCACGCGUGGGCAGCCUUUUUCUCAUCCAAACUGCAAAAAGAAACAAAACAAAACAAAAACAGUCCCCCCCAAACUCCCAAAUAGAUGUAACUAACAAACCGACACGACAGACAUGGUAAGCAAAAAAAAACGGUGGGAAGAAAUUUUAUUUUUGUAUCAAUGUAUAAACUUUCGCUUUUUGUACUGUUGUAAUAUGCGUAUAUAAUAAAAAUCUGUAAAAGUAA